UGGGCAGCUGCCAAAGCUAGAGCUGAAGCUGGUCCAAAAGCUCCAGGAUCGAAAGAAAUCCCAGAGGGAGUUCCGGAUUGUCUGGCCGGUCUGACAUUCGUCUUUACCGGAGAAUUAACGAGUCUCGGACGGGAUGAAGCUAUAGAGCUUGCUAAACGGUAUUCCGGGAGAGUGACAGGUGCGCCAUCAUCGAAAACUUCCUAUGUGAUCGUAGGUGAGAACGCGGGAAAGUCAAAGAUGGAUGCGAUACAGAAGAAGAACAUUCCUACUCUAACCGAGGACGAAUUUUUGGAUUUGAUACGUACUCGCCAUGGAGCAGAAUUAGAUGAAAAACAACUCAAGGCGCAAGAGAAAGAACAGAAGAAGAUUGAAGAGGCUGCUAUGGCCAUGGCGGCGAAAGAGAGAGAAGAAGAGAAGCUGAGGAAACGUAAAGAAGCGGCAAAGGCAAUCCCGAUUUCUUCUCAACUCUGGACCACAAAGUACGCACCUCAGACCGCUAAAGACCUUUGUGGUAACAAAGCACCCAUCGGGCGUUUACUCGACUGGCUCAAAGAUUGGGACAAGAAUUUUAAAUCUGGUUUCAAGAAACCCGGGAAAGAAGGACUGGGUAUAUUUCGUGCUGUACUAAUCUCCGGUCCUCCUGGAAUAGGCAAGACUACCUCGGCCCAUCUCAUGGCCAAGGAAGCUGGAUAUAAUCCCAUUGAGCUCAACGCUAGUGACGCUAGAAGUAAGAAACUCAUCGAACACCAUACGAACAUCGACAAUGCUUCUCUUGAUGGGUUCUUUCAAGGUGCAGGGGCGAAGACGACGGUGGUGGAUAUGAAGGUGGAUUCGAAGACUUGUUUGAUCAUGGAUGAAGUGGAUGGUAUGUCCGCUGGUGAUAGGGGUGGAGUGGGAGCUCUGAAUGCUUUGAUCAAGAAGACUCGGAUCCCCAUGAUUCUCAUCUGCAACGACAAGUCAUUACAGAAGAUGAAGCCGUUGAUAAAUACGACAUAUGGUAUGCCUUUCAAGCGACCAGGUCCGAAUGAAGUACGAUCUCGUAUCAUGUCCAUCUUAUACAAAGAGAAAUUGAAGAUACCUACGAAUGUAGUGGAUCAACUUGUCCAAGGAGCCAACUCGGACAUUCGUCAAGUCCUCAACAUGCUUUCUACUUUCAAACUGGGCAAAUCGGAAAUGAGCUUUGAUGAAGGAAAAGCUUUAUUGAAAGUCAACGAGAAGAACACAAUCAUGACGCCUUUUACAAUCAUUGAUAAACUUACUGGACCAUAUGCGUUCUCUCACACCAAUAGGGAGACUUUGAAUGAGAAGGCUGAAUUGUACUUCCAUGAUUUCUCCUUUGUCCCACUUUUCAUGCAGGAACAUUACCUCAAAACUCUUCCCGCCAGAGCGUCCAAAGAAGACGGACCACUCAAAGACCUCAAACAUCUGGACCUGGUGUCAAAAGCUGCAGAUUCAAUUUCUGAUGGAGAUUUGAUAGAUCGUAUGAUUCAUGGUUCCGAGCAACAUUGGUCUUUAUUACCGAUUCACGCUUUCGCAAGUACUGUCACGCCUGCUUCUUUGAUUUAUGGAAGUAUCAACAAGCCGGGUUAUGGAGGUGGUUUUGGGCCUGCCUUCCCACAAUGGCUCGGUCAAAAUUCCAAACAAGGAAAACUCUCUCGUCAACUCACUGACAUUCAAAUCCGUAUGCGUCUACGCGUCUCCGGAUCAAGACAAGAAAUCCGAGAACAGUACAUGCCUCUUUUGGCCGGUCACAUCGUUUCUCCUCUCAUGGAUCGGGGCAGUGACGCGUUAGACGAGGUUAUCGAAUAUAUGGACGAAUAUUAUUUGAGUAAAGAAGAUUGGGAUGCUUUUGUGGAGUUAGGGGUGGAUAGUAUGAGAGAAGAGUAUGUUUUGAAGAAGAUACCUUCAGCUGUCAAGAGUGCUUUUACGAGACAGUAUAAUAAAACAGAUCACCCUAUAGCGUUUCAUAAAGGGGACUUGUUUGCAGCUUCCAAGAAGAAGAUUGCGGAUAUCGGUCCUGCUCCAGAUAAUGAGGAUGUCUUUGAGGUGAGUGUUGUGGUCUACUCUUCUCUAUCCUCAUCGGUCCAACCAAUCUCACCUUCCGCCGCCGUUACGAAUGUGUCGAAUCGAAAUCAGUCUUACUAUCUGUGGCCUCAGAAUUGA